AUGGGAUUAGAGCUUCAGGGCGAUGAGAUGCAGCUUGGAACACAGCUCGAGAAAUCUGCACUAGAUGGAGUGACCUGGUCUGCAGUCAGAGCUCAGAUCUUGCACUGGCAGCAGACGGGGGCACAGCAGCUGGACUGGGAGCAGCAGGGCUUGCAGCAGCUGGACUGGCAGCAGCUGGACUGGGAGCAGCAGGGCUUGCAGCAGCUGGACUGGCAGCAGCAGGGCUUGCAGCAGCUGGACUGGCAGCAAGAUGACCCACAGCCCCCCUUGCCACAGCUGGAGCAGGAACAGGCUGGCACACAGCAGCACACGGGCUUGCAGCAGCAGACAGGGACACAGCAGCCGGAGCCGCAGCCCCCACAGCCGGAGCCACAGCCCCCACAGCCGGAGCCGCAGCCCCCACAGCCAGACUGGCAGCAGCAAGAUGACCCACAGCCACCCUUGGAGCCCCCACAGGACCACAGCCCCCCUUGGAGCCCCCACAGGACCCACAGCCCCCCUUGGAGCCCCCACAGCCGCCCUUGCCACAGCUGGAGCAGGAACAGGCUGGCACACAGCAGCACACGGGCUUGCAGCAGCAGACAGGGACACAGCAGCCGGAGCCGCAGCCCCCACAGCCGGAGCCGCAGCCCCCACAGCCGGAGCCGCAGCCCCCGGAACAGCCACAGCAGCCCAUGGUCCUGGUGGGUGGAGAGAGGUGCAGGUGGGAGGAAUAGGAGAGGAGCAGGUGGGAAGAGGGUGCAGGUGUGGAGCCUCCUGAGCCCAGGGCUUUUAUACCCCUUCCCAGGGUCACAUGGUCACUUCCCUGUUGCUAUUAAUGCCAUUUCUUUAGGGAAAUUCUGCAUUUUUUCCUUCUAUGCUCUAAAAUAAGCACACACACAUGUUGUUCA